CCGCUACCCUUUCACCUGGUUUCCAUUAUCGCAGGCGAUACCUGCUGGCACAACAAAUCCAUGUGGGGUUUAUGUUACCACUUUAACUGGUAACAUCAAUAACUACAAGAAGAAGGUCCAUGUGGUUUUUGAAGGAGUUUGCAGCUGCGUGUAUCUCUAUAUUGACGGGUAUUUCGUUGGCUAUGCCGAGGACAGCAUGACCGGAUGCGAAUUCGAC